GGUUUCACGGGCGGAGGGUGAGGUCGACGUCGCUCCGUUGAAGGUCUUCCCACACGCGACGCAAGUGAUUUUUUGAAAGGAAAAGAAGGCUGUUGGAACUGGGCUUUUGAUUGCUCUCUGUGCUGUUUGUUUGGAGAGAAACGAGGAGCAAUAAAACUAUUCGUUAAAUAAGGAACGACUAGACCCCCGUACCGUGAAACCGUUUUGAAAGAAUUUAUUUCUUGGCGAAUACUUUCAAGAAUUGGACUUGAUACCGAACUAGCAUAUUAUCCGAAUGAUGAGCAGCUGAGGCGCCAUGGACGAGGUCUUCGGCAACAGCAGCAGCGAGACCGUGAUGGAGGCCGACCUCUCGCGCGUGCUCGCCCACAUCAACCAGGACAUCGCCGACCUGCAGUACCUUCAGCUCCAGCACGAGCCGCCCAAACCCGCCGCCCGCGCCGCCCACACCCAGCCGCCCGCAGCCAUCACCACCAAUGUGGCGCACAUCGUGAACCGGCCGAUGCCCCGCGCCUACGUGGGCGUGGCCCCGCCGUGCUCCGCGAGGGCGCCGCAGGAGAAGGGCGUGGGCGCCGUGGCGCACGUGCCCGUCAUCACCAGCGUGGGCCGCCACUUGGACAGGAACAGCGGCGUGCAGGAAGCGACGGGCGGCAGCAUGGCGCUCAGACACACCCAGUCGGCCGUGGUCGGCCGCGUGUGCCAGAGCCAGUCCCCCAGGCCGCGGGCGCUCAGCACGGGCGCCGCCGCCUACCAGGUGUACCACCCGAACCCCCCGUGCCUGCAGGGCCACCGGCAGGAGAGUCUCCCGAAGAGCGCGACGCCCUUCCCCCUCGGCCCCCGCAGCGCCCAGGAGGCCACGCACUGCUACGUCAACCUGCAGCCGCCUCAGCGCCAGGAUCGACCCGUGUCUGUGUACGACAACGUGGUCGGCCCCCCGCCCGCGGCCACGGGCACGCCGCCCCACUCGGCCCCGCCCGUCCUGUCUGCCGCGUCGGCCCCCUCGCUGCCGGCGCCCAAGCCGCUCUACAUGAACGUGCCCCUGCCCGCCGCCAGCCGCAUGUCCCCGCAGAAGGAGAGACUGAACGCCUCCGCGUGCGGCAGCAACAGCGCGCCCUCCACCCCGAGGGGCGGGGGCGGGGCGCCCCACCGCCUCCACCACAGCUACAUCGAGAUCUGGACGGGGUCGAGCGAGGAGAGGGACUCGCUCAGUGACAGCGAGUGCGAGGAACUGAGGCGCUCGUUCCAGGAGCCGCAGACGCCCUCCUCGCACCGCCCUUCCCCCGGCUACGUGGAGAUGAGCUCGCCGUACAUCAAGAGCCCCCAGGUCCCCAGCCCCUUCAACGGCUCCGUCCUGGCCGACCUCGCCAACAAGCUGGCCACGUACGCCGGCCACCAGCCGCGGAAUAUCUUCUGCCCCUUCUGCCCGCGGUACUUCGGCUACGAGAAGAGUCUGGGCAGCCACAUCCACAAGGUCCAUCGCGAGGAACUCAACACCAUGGUGGAGAGUCGCCCCGGCCAGGUGCAGCUGCAGUUCUGCCCCAUAUGCCAAGCGCGGUUCUUCAACAACUCGGUCCUGCCAAAGCAUCUGAUCGACUUCCACAGAGCGUCGGUCAUUGAGAUUUUGGAGAAGAACAACUGCAUAAUGUCCGACACAGCCGGCAUUCAGUGUCCUUUCUGCACCAAGAAGGUUCCACAUGGCAAAACGGGCGAACAGGUGCUGCUGUACCACAUGCAGCAGCUGCACCUCUCCGACUUCGAGGGCAUGGUCAAUGCCAAGUUCAAGCCUCUGACCAGCGGGGCGUCAGCAGAGUCCCUUCGCAGUCUGUCGUCAGGGGACUUGUCUCAACUCGUCUCGUUUCGCCCGGGCGUGACCUCCACCCCCGGGCUGAGUAACAAGAUGGGCACGAUGUCGCUGGCCACGGGGGCGUCUGGCAGAAAUAUGGAGGCCUUGGAUCUGGACGCCACGUGGUCGUCCCACCGUGGCAAGUUCAGGUCCCCGAUGCCGCCGCCACCACCGCGACCCCAGGGAACAGGAGCAAAGGAGCUAACUCAGCCAGCACCAGCGCAAGCAAAUGUAAAGGAAAAUCAAAAGCAUUUGCCCGUUUCAACAAGCAAAGGUAUUCUGCGACACCAGAGUGGAUUGAGUCGAAAGCCCAGUGUAAAGCGUGAGUUGCGGUUCAGUGUCCCCCCGGUCACCAGUGAAGAGGUCUUUAUACCCGAGUCACCAGAACAGAGCACCCCGGAGCGCCUCGCGAACGAACAGCAGCAGCAACAGAAUUACCAGAACCACCACCAGCUUCAACAGAUGCAGCAGAUGCAAGGCCAAGAGGUGUGUGAGGACGGUUCGAGGAGGACUAUCCCCAUCCGCGUCGACAGCCUCUCCGCGGCGGACUUCAUGGACCUCAACGAGAAAGCUGGAGGGCAGAGGAAGAGGAGGCGUUUGGGCCUAGGCCUACGCUCAAGAAAGGCUUUCAAGAAGAGAGACAAGGAGAACAUUGGAGAACGGGAGCUUAGCAGCUUUGUCUCAGGGGCAAGCAAGAUCGUUGACGGAGCCAAGAAGCUGAUCACGGACGGACAUCAGGCUGGCCCGGGCGAGGUCGUCCCAACUGCUGCCACAAGGACUUACCGUCGGCCGAGGCCUGUAGCUGUGCCGCGGGUGCCUGACCUCCCCCCUCCUUCGGGCACGCACACAUGCCCAGGGAACACCGAGAUGAUGCAGCAGGAGGAGAACCACCCAGCUGUGUUGGACAAAGAGGAAGACCACGGAUCCGACGUGUCCCCCUUCACGCACCUCAAGUUGUACUCCCCGCUGCGCAUGUUCCGCUGCAACACGUGCCGGGUCAAAUUCUGCGAUAACGAGUCCCUGAGCGGUCACAUCGGGUCAAGACACCGUGGUUUGCUCUACCUUCUGAGACCACAGUACGGGUGCGGUGUGUGUUCUGCGCGAUUCUACGAAAACAAGUACCUGGUGAAGCAUUGUCUUCAGCAUCAUACAUCGUUGCUUGAGAUUCGUAGCCCCCGCAAACACAAAAUAGCCAUUUAUAGAUUUACUCACGCAUAGAAAAGUCCUCACAUGUUCACAUGUGGGAGACGGAAUACCCAAGUGUCUAAGUGUAAAAUCUUGUCAUAAUUGAAUAUAUGUAUAUAGCUAUUUUACAUAUUGAAUAUAUUCAGAUGGCUAAGUCAGCACGCAUUAGAUGCAUCUGUAACAUAAUGUAAUAUUGUAGAAGAUUUUAUUGUAUAAUACGUUUCUUAGCAAUACCGACUUCUUGCUUCUGUAUAGUAUGAGUCAUCAUGAUGGACAAAUGAUGCAGUAUUUUUAAUGUACAUUGAAUCUAUUUAUCGGACUUUCUGCUGUAUGCAAGAGAAGCACCAGCGAAACAUUGCAUACAUGUUUUGCGUUUUGCCGUGUUUGAACAUUGUUGUUUUUUGGACACGUCAUAAUGAAUGUUUAUUGUUGUGUACAGAUUAUCUUUACCUGUAUUGUGCUUGGAUGUGCCAGUUUACACAUUACUAAGCUCUCGGUGCCAUAUGUAAUAAUAAAAACGUUAACAGAAA